GAGAGGGACAAGGAGCAGGAGGACAAGAAGGAGGAGCAGGUAGAGGAGUAGCUGGAGGGAAUGAAGAAGAGAAAGAUGAUGAGAAUGGAACAAUUGCUUUAGAAUCAUGUGACCAACCAAACACUUCAUCAACACUUAUUGUAUCUACUCAUUCCACUGGUAUACCUGAAGCUACAGUGUAUGCUGGACAAGUGUUUUAUGAACGAGCAGAUUUACUGAGAUUCACUGCUGCUAGAGAUUUGAAUGCCUUACGUCAGUAUAUAAAGCAGACAUAUGCCAUUCGUGAAAUGGAUGAGGAUUUUACAUUCCAGCUUAAUCCAUCUCUGAAAUAUGCUUGUGUUCAGUUAAUAUUUGAUGGUCAACAGUUGAAGCCAACAACUGGCUGGACUGUUAGUCCUCAUAAGAAUCCUUGUCUGAUUAGAGAACGUGACAUACUUGGUUUUGGUGACAUUAGUACUACAAUCCCUCCAUCUUGUCUGGUAUCAAUAUAUGCUGAGAAUAGUCCCCAUACUGUACCUAACUUGAGUUAUUCUGUACCAUUGAAAGGUGUACAGGAACAAAUGGAAAUUAUUAUUAACAGAUCACUGAGAAAUAUUUCAUCAUCAGAUCCUGUUAAUAUCAACAGAUCACCUCCUUCAGCUCCUCCUCCUCCUACUCCAAGCGGUACAUUUAGAGGUGAUAUUGCUCAUAGAGUAAUGACAGAAUGUACUUCAUCAAUAAAGGACUGUGGGAUUGAUAUCAGCUUUUUAGUCGACAAGUUGCUGGAACACAAAAUUGUAAAUUCAAGAGAGAAAAGGAAAAUAACUGCUAGAGAAACUGACGAUGACAAAAUGGAUGAAUUGCUUCACAUCAUUUUGAGUUCUAUUCAUAUGAAUGGAAAAGUGUUUGGUAUAUUCAUAGAUAUACUGAGAGAGGAAGACACUUUGAGAACUAUUGCACUAGCUGAUACACUAAUGGACAAAUACAAGGAAUAAAACCAAAUAAUACGAUUUUAUGUACCUUUUUUCUAUUUUUUUUUUAUUUUUA